UUUUCUUUCUACAUCCCCGGCGGGGGGGGGGGGGGGGGGGGGGGGGGGGGGGACCGACGCCCACGGCCAUGAUUGAUCACCAACGCGCAGAGAAAAUGCAAGUUAAUAACGAGGUACCUCCAGGGUGUCUCAAGCCAAAUAUUUCUCAGUACAACCCUGAAGAGCAUAGAGGUGGCGUUGAAGGAUUUCCUGAGAAUAAUGAAAAAAAUAAUGACAGUAUUGCACCAGAUAAAGUGUGGGGGGCAUCUCCUCUCCCAAAUCAAGGAUUUAGCAGACCCUUCUACCGCCAGGAAUUUUAUGCCUGGCCGCAUGUUUAUUCUGAUUACCAAAUCCUGCGGCAGCCACAACCUUAUGGAUUUGACAACCAGUUUUAUCAGAUAAAUAGGGACAACUGUUUCCCCAUCGAGAGAAGAGUUCAGUUCCCAUUGAAGAUGCUCCCUCAAGGUUACCCUCAUGAUGCACAACUUCAGGAAUUUCAAUAUUUUGUGGUUAUUGACUUUGAAGCAACCUGUGACAAGGAGAAUAACCCACAUCCACAAGAGAUCAUUGAGUUUCCAUCUGUCUUGGUUAACAGUGCAACGCGACAAUUAGAAGCUUCCUUUCAAACAUAUGUUCGACCUGCAUAUCAUCAAAAUUUGACUGACUUCUGCAAGGAGCUUACCGGUAUACAACAGAUUCAGGUGGACAGAGGUGUACCUCUAAGUGAAGCCUUGUUCAUGCAUGAUAAAUGGUUAGAGGACAAAGGAAUAAAGCACAAGAACUUCGCUGUUGUGACCUGGUCAAACUGGGAUUGCCGUGUGAUGCUGGAAUCAGAAUGCAGGUUCAAGAGAAUCAGGAAGCCCCCUUAUUUCAACAGGUGGAUCAACUUGAAGGUCCCUUUCCAGGAAGUCUAUGGGGGUGUCCGGUGCAACUUGAAGGAUGCCGUUCAGUUAGCUGGUCUGACAUGGGAGGGUCGUGCCCACUGUGGUCUUGACGACGCUCGCAAUACUGCUCGCCUCCUUGCGCUGUUGAUGCACCGGGGAUUCAAGUUCUCCAUCACCAACUCGCUUAUGUGGCAGCAACCUGCUCCGCAGGCAAUAACGUGCCAGCCAUCCCCAUCCCCUGACCGUUCUCCAGACCUCACCCUUUUGCAGCAGCAUAAGGCAAGGGAGAUGCUGGGACCUCAUCUCCAUGCUAACCCAUAUGCCGUCAAGGCCGCUGGACAGGUCUGCUUCUGCGGAGCGCCAAGCAGGCCAAGCACUGUACGCAAACCGGGUCCGAUGCAGGGAAGGCAUUUCUAUGGAUGCGGCAACUGGACCGUCACAAGGCGGGCCAUAUGCACGUACUUUGCGUGGGCGUCUUGAAUAUAACUGACGCCCUGUCCUGAGCGGAGGGCUGGUGCUUUAACUAGGGGAGGCUACUAGUGCCUCCCCCUUGGUAUAUAUAUGAUAUAUGAGUUUGCUCAUAAUACAAUGGGAGUUGACUAGGUAGUGUCUAACCUGUCAUACUGACUUCUGUUGAUAGAAGAGAGUGGGGAUGAGAUGCUGCUUAGGAUGCUUUAUCCGCGAAUAAUCUUGAAGUUUGUGGAUGCUUGUGUUUUUUUUCUUUUAACUCAAAUGGAACUCUGGUAGAGAAGGUGUGCUUUGUGAGUAGAUGUUGAAAGUGUGGAUUGUGUGUGUUUAGUGCCUUGCUAUUGAUAAUCAAGAACAAGUUACAUAUGGAA